GGCCCGGACAGGUCCCCCGCACACUCGCACCUCGCACAUCUCAUGGUGUCCCAAGCACAGCAAGAGCCAGCUCUGCCUCGCAGCAGCAGCAGCAGCAUCGCCAAGCUUGCAGCCGCCGCGUCCAUGGACACUACUAGCCCGGCCCCGCCUCUCCUCCUCCGCGCCCCGACUCCCAGCAUUUACCUCCCCGCGACCAAGCAGGACAGGGCCGACGCGGCCAGCAAGGCGUUCGACCUGCGCCGGGAGCCCAAGAUCCCGGCGCCGUUCGUGUGGCCGCACGACGACGCGCGCCCGACGUCGGCCGCGGGGCUGGACGUGCCGGUGGUGGACGUGGGCGUGCUGCGCAAUGGCGACCGCGCGGGGCUGCGCCGCGCCGCGGCGCAGGUGGCCGCGGCGUGCGCGACGCACGGCUUCUUCCAGGUGUGCGGGCACGGCGUGGACGCGGCCCUGGCGCGCGCCGCGCUGGACGGCGCCAGCGACUUCUUCCGGCUGCCGCUGGCCGAGAAGCAGCGCGCCCGGCGCGUCCCGGGCACCGUGUCCGGGUACACGAGCGCGCACGCCGACCGGUUCGCGUCCAAGCUCCCCUGGAAGGAGACCCUCUCCUUCGGCUUCCACGACGGCGCCGCGUCGCCCGUCGUCGUCGACUACUUCGCCGGCACCCUCGGCCAGGAUUUCGAGCCAAUGGGGCGCGUGUACCAGAGGUACUGCGAGGAGAUGAAGGCUCUGUCGCUGACGAUCAUGGAGCUGCUGGAGGUGAGCCUGGGCGUGGAGCGCGGCUGCUACCGGGACUUCUUCGAGGACAGCCGCUCCAUCAUGCGGUGCAACUACUACCCGCCGUGCCCGGAGCCGGAGCGCACGCUGGGCACGGGCCCGCACUGCGACCCCACCGCGCUGACCAUCCUGCUCCAGGACGACGUCGGCGGGCUGGAGGUCCUCGUCGACGGCGAGUGGCGCCCCGUCCUCCCCGUGCCCGGCGCCAUGGUCAUCAACAUCGGCGACACCUUCAUGGCGCUGUCCAACGGGCGGUACAAGAGCUGCCUCCACCGCGCGGUGGUGAACCGGCAGCAGGAGCGGCGGUCGCUGGCCUUCUUCCUGUGCCCGCGCGAGGACCGGGUGGUGCGCCCGCCGGCCAGCGGCGCCGUCGCCGCGGCGCCGCGCCGCUACCCGGACUUCACCUGGGCCGACCUCAUGCGCUUCACGCAGCAGCACUACCGCGCCGACACCCGCACGCUGGACGCCUUCACAAGCUGGCUCGCCCGCGGCCCGGCCCACGACGCGGCGCCCGCUCCUUGCAGCACCUAACGUCUCUUUCGCCGGGCGGGGCCCGGGGGGUUCAGCCCACGUGCGCGCCCAGGUGGGGCGGGCCGUGGGCAGUGGCGGCCGUGGAUCUUAUAUAUCUUCCGGUAUAUUUUUUUCUUACUCAUCUUCUAGUAUUUGAGAUUCGUGCAACCAUCUAUAAUCGUUGGAUCAACACACCCAAACCCAAACUCUCACCCCCCUCUCUCACCCGUGCUCCCUCCCCUGCCCCCGCCGCCACCCACGCCGACCCGCGCCGCCGCACUCGCACAGCGCCGCCGGCCCUCUCCUGCCCCAUGCGUCGGCCCUCCCCUACCCCGCCGUCGCUGCUCCACAGGGGCGCGCACCUCCACUGCUCCGCGCGGGAGCGCACCGCCGCCCGCUGCUGCUGCUCCGCUGCUGCUCUGCGCGGGAGCGCGCCGCCGCCCGCCACCGAUGCUCCACCGCUGCUCUGCGCGGGUGUGCGGCACGCUCGCCGGCCGCCGCCACCCCACGCACGCCGCCGCUCCUCCGCGCGGGCGCGCACCGCCGCCGCCUUGUACCGAGCUCGCCGAAGAAGAAGGCUGCUCGCCGGAGAAGAAGCGCCUUUAACAUUUCGAUUUAGUACUUUCAAUAUUUUAUACUUCCAAUUUCAACAUUUGUCUGUACAGUUUUCAACAUUUUGAUCGUAAAAUGUUGAAUCUAUUUAAAAAAUAUUGAGUUAACACUAUCAAAAUGUUGAAUAUAUUUGCAGUAGAUAAUUGGGCCAAAUGAACUUUAAAGAUGGAUAACUUAUCUAUCUUCCACAUAAUGUAUAGGACCCCCGGUGGCGGCCUCGUGGCCAGCGGGCCCCGUGCCGGCUUUCUCAUUUUUGGAAGCUGCCGCGCGCUGCGCGUGCCGGGCGCGUGCGCCGACGGCCUACUGCUAUUUGCUACUAGUGUACAUAUACAAACAUACUCCUAUAUUAUACAUAUAUAUAAGCAACCGCUUUUUCUUUC